GGUAGAUGGCACGCAUGGGCCCGGCGCGGCGGCGAGAAAUCUGAUCCUGCAGACACUCCCUUGGAAUAGCCAGGGGACGAGCGGGGAACCAGGAAAUAGAAGCCGUGCCCGUGCAGAGAACGCUCCGGCUUCAUGGAGGAAGGAGCGACAUGGGCAACCGCUGCAGCUGCAGGCGCCCGUGGAACUGUCCUUCGCUUUUUAAAAGGAAGAAGGAAAAGCAAGGAACCAGUGUGAGACAUGAGAGCCAACAGCACCAGCCUGGCAGGAAGCCUCCAGCACAUGAAAAUGUCACGGAGUUUCCAGUCUAUGCUACUGUGAAUAAACCCAAGAACACAAAGCAGGACGACAGCAUUCAUUAUGCAGACAUCCAGGUGUUCACCAAGGUGCGGGAGCGCUCUGCGGAAGAGGUGAAGAACUUGCAAAUGCAGAAUGCCACAGAGUAUGCCACCCUCAACUUCCCCCGGCCCAGACUGAAAUACGACAGCAAGAAUGGGACCUUGGUUUAAAAAGCUUGGUAGCCCCUGCCUCCUUCAGCAGCUAAUGGAUUCCACAGGCGUAAAGAUGCUGCAGGCUCAGGCUAACCUCAUGAACGCAUUGAGCCUGCCUGCAGAGCAGAGCAGCUGCGUCUUCCACCUGCACGAGAACACACACAUUUACUCUCACAUGAGGAGUAGUCGCCUCUGGUUCUGCUGGUCAAAAACCAACCUGUUCCCCUUGGCUCUGCACAGCUCUGUGUGGGAAUGCAGCAUACAAGAUUCUGUUCUGGGGCAAGGGAGAUGUUGCCAUGGGAUUUUAUGCUGAUAUUAAGAACAGAAUGUGGUUGAUAGCGGGAGGAAAUUGCAUGGAAGUUCUAGCUGUAACUGCUGUAAGGUCUUCCUCUGGUACCAGCCGCUGCACACUGCAGUCAUGCACAUUGUGCAUCUCCUUUUCUCAGAAAGCAGCAUCUUCCCACCAUGCACAGCACACUGAGGCCAAGGUCGGAAAUGCAGAAUUAACCAAGGGGUACAGAACAGUUCCUUCCAUUGAAAGGUGGUACCAAUUAACUAAGAAUGUUAAUUGGUCAAUGCUUAAUUGGUUAAUUGGUUAGUGAGCUCUUUUCUCUGAAAAUGAAAGAAGGAAAACCAGCAGCUUAUCUGAAAGGCAGCCAUUUAAAGCCACUGCCUAUAUUCAGGGUAGUUACCCAGUCCUUGGGCUGCAGUAGCUGUUUGCAUGCCUGAGACGCUGUGAAUGAAUCCUGGACAAUUUUAAAGAGGGCUUUGCACUUUUUCUCCAUUCAUUUUUUAUUUUGUGUUGUCAGCCUUAGUUAUAAAACCCUGCAACAUAGAGUACAUGCCACGUGGUGUCUUCUGCUAAAGCUCCUGAAGACACUUUGGAGAAUUUGCUUAUGGGUUUAAAAUAGUGUUAGCAAUGCAGGACAGCAACUGUCCACAAUCUUCUACCACGGGGCUGCAUCUGACAGUUGUGGUGUUGGGAGCUGAGAGGGCUCCCAAGCAGUGUCCUCAGGCCCUGAGUCAGUAGUUGGCACAGUCUGUUCCUAGGUAAUAGUCUGCAUGGCCAAACACAGGUCCUGGAGCAACCUGUUUAUUGCCAGUGUUGAAAAAUGGACAUCUGGUACCUUUUAUAAAUGUGCAAUGUUUUGCAUAUUAUGGCUCAUUUAAAUGUAAAAGAAAAACCAUGAGGGAGCUCCUCCUUGUAACAAUAAAGCUGAUGUGGGUACUGUGUGCUAAGGCA